AAAUUUAAAAUAAAAAAGUUUUAUAAACCAGCAGGAAAGAUGAUGAAAUUAAUUUUUGUUGUGUUGGCAGCCAUUGGAUUGGCUCAACAAAGCAUUGCUCAAGAUGUACCAGUUGUGGAUGUUCAAGAUGUUCCAGUUGGUGGCGUACCAGUAGUACCUGGAGUACAAGUUGUUCCUGAAGUACCAGUUGUUCCAGAUUUACCAGUCGUACCACUUCCAGCAGAACCAUUGGUCCCAGUCGUACCAGUACAACCUGAAGAACCAGAAGUUCUUGUACCUGUUGUUACAUUGGAACCAGCCGUACCAGAAGUACCAGAAAUGUUUCCAUUUGGUGUUUGCCCAGAUGAAGAUUUACUCGAGCCAACUUACUUAGCCGAUAUGAAAAACUGCAGCGUUUUCUACCAAUGCGUACACGGAGUACCAUACAGGUUCGAAUGCAGACUUCCUUUGGAAUUUAACCCUGUUCUUAACGUUUGCGACUUUCCCUACCGUUCUGGAUGCCUUUUCAAGGUUCCCGUUUUGCCUCCAGUUCAAGUUCUUAACUAAAUACUGAACAAAUUUAUUACUCUCGUAUAAUUUACAAAAAAAAAAAGCAACGAUCAAAUAUUUAAAAAAAAAAAUUUUCAUUACAAUUUAUUAUUCUCAUGUAAAUUUAUAUUUUGGAACAUAAAACACAAAUUUUACAUCAAUAAACGACAUUUU